UUUUUUUUAAAAAAAAUAAAAAUUGGACAGAUUUUGUAUCCUGUGCGCGGGCUGGACUGGUAGGAAAUAUCUGGAAAUUUCCCGAAAAAUCGGCGAUACAAACCGAAAUUUCACCGAUUUUUUGCUUGCAGCCAUGUUUCGGUGAUUUUUCGCCGAUUUUAACAGAAAUUUGGCGAAAUUUCUCCCUUCGACAUUUCGCCCCCCUCUUUCGUAUCGCCGGCCACCGAAACCCGAAAUUUCGGCGAAAUUUCCGCGAAAAAAAUGGAAACUUUCAUCCUUGCCUAAAACUGAAUCUUUAAUAAUUAAAUUUUCAAUGACCUACUAUGUUUUUAAAUAGUUUUCCUUUAAGAUAUAUUUCUCAUCUACUUGAACUCCUAAACCUUUUUAUCUCUUUGAUUUAUAUUUGAUUCUCCCUUAAACCUUUUUAUUUCUUCAUUUUGUAGUUUGUACUCAAUUGUAUGUGAAUAUCCCACCCCGUUUCUUCAUUUUGUCCUCUUCAAAGCAAAUGCCUUGCAUAGUUCUUGUUUGACUUUCUGCAUUGGUUUGAUCAUCUAAAUGUAUCCUACCAUCUAUAUGACUCCAAACUCACUAAAGAAAAAUUUCAUAUAAAGUUGGUCUCAGCCUAGGAAGUGGUAGCCGAUUUAAUAGUCAGUCCGUUGUUGUAAUCUGAAGCAAAACAACCCCCCAAAAUGAUCACAAACAUACUCCCAUUCUUCUUAAUUCUUGCCAUGAUCUCCGGCCGAUCAUAUUCCGGCAGCAUCUCCAUUUACUGGGGCCAAAACUCCAAGGAGGGAACAUUGGCUGAUACCUGUGGUACUGGAAGAUUUGCCUUUGUUAACAUAGCUUUCCUUCCUGUAUUUGGCAACAAUCAAACACCUGCACUGGACCUUGAUGACCACUGUGACCCCUCCACAAAGAAUGGCUGCACUGGUUUAGCCACUGAUAUUCGGUCGUGCCAAAGCAGGGGUGUCAAGGUCAUGUUGUCGAUUGGGGGCGGGGAUGGCAGCUACUUCCUUGCAUCAUCUGAAGAUGCAAAGCAGGUAGCUGCGUACCUGUGGGACAACUACUUGGGUGGAACAUCCCCUUCUAGGCCUUUUGGUGAUGCAGUGCUGGAUGGUAUUGAUUUUGAUAUUGAAGGUGGAACCACACAGCACUGGGAUGAGCUAGCUAGCUACUUGAGAAGCUACAGCUUUGCAAAGAAGUUGCAUCUGACUGCAGCACCCCAGUGUCCCUUUCCUGAUGUAUACAUGGGGCAGGCCUUGUCCAGUGGCCUCUUUGAUUAUGUUUGGAUGCAAUUCUAUAACAAUUACUGUGAAUACAAAGGAAAUGCUGCUGAACUGAAAGCAACAUGGGAUACAUGGACUAGCAAUGUGACUGCAACAGGGUUCUUCCUGGGUCUCCCUGCUGCACCUAGUGCUGCAAGCAGUGGAUAUAUUCCUGCAGAUGUGUUGAUAUCUCAAGUUCUUCCAUUGGUGAAGAAUACCAGCAAGUAUGGAGGUGUGAUGCUGUGGUCUAAGUAUUAUGAUGAUCUGACUGGUUAUAGUUCGUCCAUAAAGAGUCAUGUUUGACGCUUUCUUUUGGGAGUAUCCAAAUGUUGUGAUAUUGGUGUGUUUAUUUAUGUAUUAAAAAACAUUUGAAAGCAUAAACGUUGGCCUCUUGUGAUUAAGUUGAGAUCAAGAUGCUUUGAAAACUGAGAAAACAUCAUUGCAAGUUCUUUUC